GACUUUUGCUUCUCAGCUGUGUAACUCUUCUGUGUUUUCCCUGUCCUGUUCGACGCGACCCGAACAGAUGUUGACGUGGUUACCAAGGGAAUGUAGGUUUCUCCCAGCUCUAAACUAACCAUUAGGUUUGUUCCACACAAAUGUAUAUAUAUGAAGAAUUUCAAAUUUAGCAUAAUUCCAUCACCAAGAAAAAGUGUUUGCCCCAUUGAAACUAACCACCAUGCCUACUGCCAAAAUGCUGGCAGAUUCUACCCAAAGCGAUGCAGCUCUGGAAAGGAAAAAGAAGGAACGACAUGAUCGCCAUAAAAAGUCCAAGAAGGAAGACAAGCCCCACCAUCACAGUAAACGGAAAACUAAGAGUACAUUUGCUAGCGGUAGCAACAGAAAAAGUAAGAAAAAACAUAAAAGUACCACUUCUGAUAAAGAUACUGAAACGAAGGAAGGGUCUGAAGACAGUGACCUCAAUCUUAGCAAGCCCCUUCAUCCAAUCGGUCACUACAUCAACAAAAGAAGUGAAAUGCUGGAACAAAUGUUUCACUGUAUUCAAGGGGCCACACUGAAGAAAGCACUUCCAGAAAUAUUGCAGGAUUUACCAAUGAAGGAAUUGAAACAACUUUGCCUUACACAACUUGAGGUUAUGUCAAAGAAGCGAAUUCUUCGAAUAUUGGCAGGUGAUGACCCCAUAACUAUAUCUUCAUCUGGUACAGAUGAAUCAGCAGAUGAAGGUGGAAAUAACUCUGGGAAUGUAUCUAAGCGAAGCACAGUUGCUGCACAACCAGCAGAUUCUACUUCAUCUUCAAUCGACAGAGUGGAGUUCCAACCCGUAGCCGAUAGCAGAGUAUUAGCUGAUGUUAGCAAGACAAGCAGUGUUGUAUGUAAACCAACAGCUGAGGUAGAACUGGGUAUUACCAAAGAUAGUUACCACUCAAACCUAGCAUCUUCAGCAAGUUACUCAAGUAAUUAUAUCCCUUCAGAUCAGAAACUACUCAACAGACAGCAGAUCUAUACCAACCCAAACUGGCCUCCUCCCGGUGGAUCUGGGGAUCUUCAUUACCGACCACAUCCAGUCCGUGCACAUGUCUCACCGCACCUGUUGGCAUAUCAACAGGCUUUGUCCACCAAACAACUAGAUAUUUCUCAGCAUCAUACCAAAGUCAAUGAGGCAUUGAUAAUGACCAGGACACCGUACUAUGGCAGAAAUGCCACCACUGCAUUGGCCCAUAGCUUCAGUGGUGUCAGCACAAAUUUCUGCCACAACUGCAAACAGACUUAUUGUAUCUGCAACUACAAAACUAAGCCCACUUCGCUUGCAUCCCACCAGCUCCAUGCUGUGCCAGCAGCACCAACAGUAACAAUGGGACAGACUUUCACGACUGUAAAAGCCGCACCUGCAAAGAGUGCAUUUGCAUCUUCUGUGCGGAAGUCAUUACCACCAGGCACAGAAUCAUCGCAGAAUGUAAUUGUACAAACAGAAAUGGAAAUUUUGGAACUCGGCAUGCGAGCACGGGCCAUCAAAGCAAUGUUGCAAGCAGCAUCUCAGUGUAACCCUUAACAUCAGGCAAGUGCCCUACACACACCCAAUCACCCACACACACACAUACACACCACACACACCAUAUACAUACAUAUAUAUAUAUAUACACAUAUACAUAUA